AUGGCCAAAUCGUUUGAAAUGAAAUUGCCGCCGGGGUGUCAGAGCCUCCCCGGUGGUUUUUGGUCAGCCGUGGACGUGUGGAUCGAGAAACCUCACGUUGUCAACAAGCGCCUGUGCGGCGUUCGCCAGGCCGCCGAAAGUCGGGAGGUCCGCGAGGCGACGGCGCCGCUGCGUUCGCCGCCCGGACGCGGCGACUCUCGUCUGUCCACGCACGUCAGGACGUUUAUCCCCAAAGUGGACAUUUACGGGGCACGGAAACAAAAGGAGCUGGUCGUCAAAGACUUGGACGGACAGGAAGUGACGUUCGUUCCCUUCGAGGAGGUCCAAGCGGGUCCGCUGUCUGUCAAGGAGAACAACAUUUAUAGCAUCAAACUGCGCCCGGACGACUCGGGCCAAUGGUUGUUGGAGCUGCGCGUGCGGACGGCGGAGGCGUGGUAUUCGGACGGCGUGGCGUACGCCCGCCUGCCCUGGCUGUCCGACCGCCUGCUGCCCAAGCUGGCGCGCUGGGCCGCCGCGUCAGGCGGCGGCGGCGGCGGCUGGCCCGGCGGCACCUUGUCGCUGCUGCCCGUGGAAAAGUACGGUCUGGUGUACCAGCAACUCAAGAACAAGUACAAGGCCAUGGUCAAGGUGUGGCCCGAAGUGACGGAUCCGGAGAAGUUUGUUUACGAAGACGUCGCCAUCGCCACGUAUCUCCUGGUGCUUUGGUCCGAAGAGCGAGCGGAACUGGACCUGGAUUCGCGUCAGUCCUUCGUGGACCUGGGCUGCGGGAACGGACUCCUGGUGCACAUCCUCGCCAACGAAGGGCACCCCGGAAAGGGCAUCGACGUACGGAAAAGGAAGAUCUGGGAUACGUACGGCCCGGACACCGUGCUGCGGGAGGAAGCCGUCACCCCGGGCCGGAGCUUCCUAUUCCCGGAGACGGACUGGCUCAUCGGGAACCACUCGGACGAGCUGACUCCGUGGAUCCCCGUCACGGCGGCCAGGUCCUCGUACUCGUGCCGCUACUUCGUCCUGCCGUGUUGCUUCUUCGACUUCUUCGGCAAGUACCGGCGGCGGCGCAGCCAAAAGUCUCAGUACCGAGAAUACGUCGACUUUGUCGCCGAAGUCAGCCGCGUCAGCGGCUUCCGCACGCAGCGGGACUGCCUCAGGAUUCCGUCCACCAAACGGGUGUGUCUCCUGGGAAGAAGGCGGACGUACGAGGCGAACGACGAGGCCCGGGCGGAGGAUCGGCGGGCCGAUUACAUUCGGAGCCGCCGCCCCGCGGCGUCCCGGAAGGACGACGAGUCCGACUUCCGGCCUCGAGAGCGGGCGGAAGCGGUAAGAAACUGCACGGCGCUCUCCAGGGACUUAAUAGACGAGGCGGUCCGGCGCGUGGCCGACGCUCUCCUGGGAAUGCCCGACGAGAGGCCGUCUCCCUCUGACGGCUGGAAGCGAGGAGGCAGCUUGCGCGUGGGCGAGGUGGCGGCGCUUUUGCCCGACGACACCCUCAAGCGGCUCAAAAACGAGUGCGGCGGCCUCCAGACGCUCCUAAAGAACAACCACCAAGUAUUCCAAGUGGAAGCAGGGACGGUGCGAAUCCGGGACUGGCGCGAAACUGAUAGCGGCAAGCGGAAGGCGGCGGUCCCCCCGGGUGCCCUGAAAACCCGGCCGUGCUGGUUCCACCUCUGUCACCCUCAAGGCUGCCCGCUAGCGGCCGAAAAGUGCGACUUCGCUCACGGACGCGAGGAGCUCCGGGAAUCCGCUCGACCUCCGAAGAAGAAGACGAACGAGUACGACUAA